GUGGAGGGAUCCAGCACUCACUCUCUCUCUCUCUCUCUGUCGCUCGCGAAGAAACCCUAGUUUCGUCCGUCUCUCUCUGUCCUCUGAUUCUUCACCUUCCCUUCGCCACCACCAUAUCAGUUCCCACUCCAGCUCAGCGUCCGAAGCAUCAUCCUGAUGCGUAAGAGCGUACGCCCGCACGCUAUCUCGACGCAGCAACCGACAUCGUAGCUGAGCGCACCGUCGCGACCGUCGCAGCGGCGGGUCCGUUGAAUCCGACAUGUACAGGGAUCGGGGAGGCGGCGGCGGCGGCGGCUCGUCGAAGUCGGAGGCGGUCGAUCGGAGGAGGAUCAUCAAUGAUGCCCUGGACAAGCAGCUCGAGAAGUCCUCUCCUUCCACUUCGAGAUCUAAGGACAAGGAGAGGAUCGCCGUCCCCUCCACUUCCACGGGCAAGUCCCACCUCGAUCACCGUGACUCUGGCCCCGCUGCCUCUCUGUCCAAGAGCAAGUGCUCCGAUGAGGAACAUGAAACAGACAGUGAAGAGUCAGAUGUCAGUGGUUCUGAAGGAGAUGAUACAUCAUGGAUUUCAUGGUUCUGCAACUUGGUGGGGAAUGAAUUUUUCUGUGAAGUCGAUGAUGAAUACAUCCAAGAUGACUUUAACCUUUGUGGGUUGAGUAGUCAAGUUCCAUACUAUGACUAUGCACUUGAUCUAAUCUUGGAUGUUGAAUCCUCUCAUAGUGAUAUGUUCACUGAAGAACAAAACGAAUUGGUUGAAUCAGCAGCGGAGAUGCUCUAUGGUCUGAUUCAUGUUAGGUACAUUUUGACUAGCAAGGGAAUGGCUGCAAUGUUAGAGAAGUACAGGAAUUGUGAUUUUAGCAGAUGUCCUAGAGUUUACUGUUGUGGUCAGCCAUGCCUUCCAGUUGGUCAAUCAGACAUUCCUCGAUCAAGCACUGUAAAGAUCUACUGUCCCAAAUGUGAAGAUAUUUAUUAUCCACGGUCGAAGUACCAAGGCAACAUUGAUGGGGCAUAUUUUGGAACUACAUUUCCUCAUCUAUUUUUGAUGACGUAUGGGCACCUAAAGCCUCAAAAGCCAACACAGAGUUAUGUUCCAAGAGUUUUUGGCUUCAAGAUUCACAAGUCUUAACGUGUGAAGUGGAAUGCACCAUCCUGUGGAGUCCAAUAAUUCAACUACCAAUGUUCGUAAAAGUCUCCUAAUCUUUGCAGAUCCACGGGCAUGGCCAUUGGCUAGCACACUUGCCAAACCUUGAUGGGCACAGGAACUGGAAUAGAUUUCGUUUAUAUUGAUGGCCGAUAAACUAUAGCUCGGGCUGUCAUCCAGUCUUACAGGUGUGUUCUUUCAUGUUAGAGCAGUCGUAGCUUCAUGAUCUGUUCGUGAUUCGCUUGGUUGGUGCUCUCGAUGUCUUGCUUAAUUCAGUCACCAGUUCAACAUACAUGUCUGCUGGCUAGGAUUUUGUCUGUCUGGGAAGUAACAAAUCUAUUCAUUUGUUUUGGUGAAGUAAGGAAUGAAAUUCUAACAUUGGGCAUGAUGUGAUGUUGGAGCCCUGUGGGCUUCUUCCUGGUCUUAACACUGGAGUUCAGCUGUUUGUUCCUCUUCUGUUUUCCUUCUGUAACAUGCAAGUAAACGGAGCUUGCGACGAAAAUGCAGGCAAGGUUUUCUCCUCUUGAGAA